UCGCAGUCAUAACCCAAAAUUCAUUUACUAUUAAUUUGGCGUCUCUUCUUAAAAUUUAAAAUGACUUUUGCGAAACUUCUUGUUCUCCUGUCGCUCAGCUAUAUCACCUCGGGAGCAAUCAUUGGAUCAGGUUAUCUUGAAAUGAACCAGAGUGUACCGGCUCGCUGUUUUAACAUGCCAAGUAAUUCGUUGUGUCCUUCAUUUGAUCAUCAGAUCGUUGGCCAAAAUAAUGCUCCUGAUAAAUUAUUCCAGUUAAGCUUGCAAGUAAUUAAAAUUAAACUUGCUUCCAUGCCUUUCUUCAAUCACAGUCAUGAUUGUAUGCACUGUGUACGUGAAUACUCAUGCUCAAACAAUAUCAUGAAAUGCACUCCAGAUAAUCAGUCGCCCUUUGGUUUUCGCUUGGCAUUUGAUGUAAAGCGAACAGAGACAGCAUGUGCAAAUAUCAAACGAGUUUGUCCACAAGAUGUUCAAGAUGUAAUCACCUUUAAUUGUUCUGUCAUCCAAAGAAAUCCAUUUGAAUAUUCAUAUUGCAUCAAACCUCCAGUAGUAGCUGGUGAUAUUUGUCCAGCAACGAAUUAUAUGUACCCUGCUGCACUCGUAAAGGCAUUCUCCAUUUUUGCAAAAGGUUUUGCGAAGCAGGUUAAUGUCAGACUCGUUAAUGCAUUUACAAAUAAAACAUGCAAACAACGUUUCAUUGAAACUUACUGCCAAAUCUUACGAGGAAGUAUUUGCUCCAGUGACAUGAAACUUCGCAUGUUUGCUAUAAAUAAGCAAGAAUGUAUGGCAAUUAUGACUUCUUGUAUUACCGUCCCAGCGUACUCUGCGUAUUUGCGAGAAGAGUGUAAACUUCUUCCCGAUAAAAGUGCCCAGAGAGUACCUCUGCCAUCGGUUUCCAACUUCAACAAUGCCAUUAACGGGCGAAAGUAGUCAAAUUAAUCAGAGGUCGAUAGAAAGAAUGGCGAUAAAGUUCAUAAAAGCCGAAGAUAAAAUAAUUCUAAAUAAAAUGGUUUUUAGUUUUUUAUAUUUUAAUAAAUGUAAUCCAUAA